AUGUCAGAGGAUAGCUUCAAGAUUAAUAAGACAUUAUCGUCUGAUAAACUAGAUGAAGAGGUCGAGUUUACUGUUCAAAAGAGCCCGUCCACUGAUAUAUGUUAUGAAGUAACAUUUUCCAUGGAUGGGGAUCCAGAUCCAGAGGAUAUUGCGAGAAGGCUAUCAAUUGUAAGAAAAUAUUAUAUAUCUAUAUUGAUUACAAUCACCUCUAUGGUUAUCACUAUUAUUUCAUCAUGCUGGUCCCUUAUUUCACCUCAGAUUAUGGAACAUUUCCACAUCUCUCAUGAAGUUAGUGUGUUGGGGAUCUCAUUUUAUAUCUUUGGUCUUGGUGUAGGUCCAUUAAUUUUAUCACCAUUAAGUGAACUUUAUGGUCGUAGGUUAACCUUCAUUUUCUCCCUGGCUCUAAGUAUAAUAUGGCAAUGUCUAACUACAUGGUCAAAAACCAUUGAAGGUGUUAUGUUUGGUAGAUUUCUUUCUGGUUUCUUUGGUUCUUCAUUCUUGAGUGUAGCAGGUGGGUCCAUAUCAGAUAUAUUUGAAAAGAAAGAUAUUGGUAUUCCAAUGGCCAUAUUCACCACAUCACCCAUGCUAGGUCCUUCAAUUGGUCCAAUUAUUGGUGGUGCUCUACAUAAGGAUAGUUAUAAAUGGACAUUCAUCGUUUUAUUAAUUGCAUCUGGUGUCUGUUUAGUUUUGAUUACACUCACUGUACCAGAAACUUACAAACCAAUGUUACUUAUUCGAAAGGCAAAAAGGUUAAGACAAGAAACUGGAGAUGAUAAAUACUAUGCCCCAUUGGAGAUUACAAGGAAGGAGACAAAAUUAACUUCAGCUAUCAUUUUAUCAGCAAGAAGACCAUUCGGACUACUGGUGAGAGACCCAAUGAUGGCAGUAUUAACCUUUUAUACAGGUUUAGUUCUUGCCAUUGUAUACUUAUUCUUCGUUGCAUUCCCAUAUAUUUUUGAAACUGUUUUCAAAUUCACAGUUAUGGAAGUUGCCUGUGCAUACAUUGGUAUGUUGUCAGGUAUCUUAUUAGUUUCACCAACAGCAUUAAUCAUUCAAAAACGGUAUGCUAAAAAGGUUGAAAAUAACAAUGGUGUAAGCACACCUGAAAUGAGAUUUGAAGCAUUAUUUUAUGGUGCAUUUUUAACACCAAUUGGUCUGAUGAUUUUUGCAUGGACCUGUUAUCCACAAGUUCAUUGGAUAGGACCAGUCAUAGGUAGUGGGAUAUUUGGAUCUGGUGUAUUUUUUGUAUUUACAGGUGUCUUUAGUUAUACAGUUGAUGCAUAUAGGAAAUAUGCAGCAUCUGCAAUGGCUUGCAACUCGUUUGUAAGAAGUACAAUGAGUGCGGUUUUCCCAUUGUUUGGAUUACAAAUGUAUAAAGGAAUGGGAAUAAAUUGGGCAGGUUUCUUUAUCGCCAUGUUAGCAACAAUUAUGGUUCCUGUACCUUUCUUAUUCACUAAAUAUGGGCCGACUCUAAGAUCUAAAUCACCGUAUGCAUGGGCAGAUUAA